GAUGUUUGUUGUGUUGCAUAAGCGUCAGGGGUUUUCCGAUUCUCACCCAUUUUUUUUUAUCCUAACCACGAAAUUUUUGUUAAAUUAAAUAUUCGUGCAGGAAUAUUAUUUUAAUUAAAAAUGUGUCCGCUUCCCCUAUUCCGAUAAUUAGUAUUUUAAAUAUUUAUGACAACAACUAUUCGCAUUUAUUGACGUUUAAUUGAGGGGCUCCACUUAACCUCAAAACGAUGGAUUUUGAUUCUGACGAGGAAAACAUUAGUGAAGAAGACUAUUAUAGCUUUUUGAACGUUCCUAAAGAGGCUUCCAAAGAAGAAAUCAACAAUGCCUAUAGAAAGUUUAGUCGCAUGUACCAUCCAGAUAAACACAGGGAGCCAGAGCUUAAAGCUAAGGCCGACAUUAUGUUCAAUAAGAUCAAAAAGGCUUAUGAAGUGUUAUCAGAUCCUCAUAGACGUGCCAUAUAUGAUUCCCUAGGUACAAAAGGUCUGGAAACUGAGGGCUGGGAAAUUGUGUCGAGAACAAAAACCCCUGCAGAAAUUCGAGCUGAAUACGAACAGCUCGCAGAAGAACGAGCAGAGAGGAGGAAAAAACAGGCCACAAAUCCUACCGGGAACAUCACAAUUGCUAUUAACGCUACUGAUUUAUUUAAUCCGUAUGAUGAGGAUCUGUUCGAGGAUGAAUAUGACAGUGGUAUGCUCGGGAGAUUACCCAAUAUCGAAGUGUCCUCGAUGCAGUUCACCCAAGGAGUAGAUUUUCCUUUAACCCAAAAGGACACCUGCACCCUCUCCGGGCAGUUGCACACGCAAAACGGCACCGGAGGUGGUGGUGUGAACAUGAGCUGGCGCCAUUUAUUUUCCCAUAAAAGUUGGGCCGAAAUCGAAAUGACCGCCGGAAGUGGUCCGGCGAUAUCUCUAAAAGGGUUUAGGACAUUAACGAAACGGUUUUUCUGGAACGGCGGCACUGUUCUGCAAUUUACUCCCGAAGGAGUCCGGCCUGGUAUUAUGUCAACAUUGGCGAUGCAGAUAGAUAAACAUUCAAUAGGUUACAUUUCUUAUCAUGGGGGCAUUAGGUCGAUAUUUUCAACGCAAAUUAUUAGGGAUACUGAAAAUAAUAGGUUUAAUUUUUCAAUACAAGUAGGAGUACCACAUUCCUUUUUUCAGUUGCAAUACACCAGAAAAAUGAUGGCCCAAGAAUUGAAAUUAAGGCUGGCAAUCAAGAUGGGUACUUUUGGUGGAGUGGUGGAAUAUGGAGCGGAAAAGCAAGUGUCGAAGCACAGCAAUUUGUCAUUUUCUGUUGUCUGUGGGGUGCCCGCCGGAGUAAAGUUAAAAAUAAGGUUGUCACGUGCAAACCAAGUGUAUUCAUUCCCAAUUCACUUGUGUGAAGAAAUAAUGCCUUCCCCGGUGUUCUACGCUACUGUGGUGCCCCUUAUUUUAUAUGUGGUGGUAAAAAAAGGGGUCGUAGAGCCCUUUCUUAAAGAAGAGAAAUCCAAGAAGUUGGAAAAGCAAAAACAAAAUAAUUUUAAUAAGCUGCUGGAAAAACGGAAAGAAGCGAUGGCAGCCCAAGAUUUAAUGCAAGCAACUUAUACGAGGAUCAAGGAGGAGGAAGAAAAGAAAAAGGGUCUAGUCAUUAUUAAAGCGAUUUAUGGAAAAGUUAUUAAGGAUCAUGGGGAUGCAGAAAUGUCUAGUGACGUCAUAGAUGUCACUGUACCAGUCCAGUGUCUCGUCAAGGAUUCUAAACUGGUUAUACAUGAAAACACCAAGAGCGACUUGCCUGGAUUCUUUGAUGCCGCUCUGGGAGAAGAAAAAAUCUUACAUGUAAUCUACAACUACCAUGAUCAACCCCAUGAAAUUACCAUUAAAGAUAAUGAGUCUCUAAGGUUACCGAGACCCGCCCAUAGGACAAGCGUCACCUAGCGUCGGUCCAAAGGUCCGCAUAGUCACGUAGAUAGACGUAAUCUUGUGAAAAAAAAAUUCAAAAAAAAAAUCAGUUAGAAAUAGAUAAUGAGUAAAAAAAUACGUGAUCGUUGAAAUUGAAUAAUCGUUUGCGCGCUACUGUGUUCAGAGUGAAUUAUGUUGACUACAGUUUCUUUUUUUUUUUUUGUUAUAUUGAAAAAGAUAAUUUAUUUAAAUUUUAUAUGCAACAAUAAAAAGAAUUGUUGAUUGAAA